GUGUCUGAGGAGUUGCGGGCCGCUGCGGGCUCGGGCGUCGCACCGCGCCUGCCGGAGCCGCCGAACGAGGCCCAGGGAGCCGCCUGCCCCAACCCCGCCGCCCGAUGUCCUCAAGAUGGAGGCAGCGGGGGCGGCGACGUGAAGAGAGCGGCGCUGUGGGCGCGGGAGCAGGGGCCCGGGCGGCCCGGGCGGAGGCGGUGCCGGGAUGGGGCUGCUGCUCAUGAUUCUGGCGUCGGCCGUGCUGGGCUCCUUCCUCACGCUCCUCACCCAGUUCCUGCUGCUGUACCGCAAACAGCCCGAGCCGCCGCCGGACGAGGCGGCCCGCGCGGGCGACGGCUUCCGCUACAUCAAGCCGGUGCCGGGCCUGGCCCUGAGGGAGUACCUUUAUGGCGGCGGCGGGGCUGAGGAGCCCUCCGGCGGGCCACCCGAGGGCGGCGCGACCCCGGCCCCGGCCCUCGAGACCCCCGCCCCGCCGACGCGGGAGACCUGCUACUUCCUCAACGCCACCAUCCUGUUCCUGUUCCGGGAGCUGCGGGACACCGCACUGGCUCGUCGCUGGGUCACCAAGAAGAUCAAGGUGGAGUUCGAGGAGCUGCUGCAGACCAAGACGGCCGGGCGCCUGCUGGAGGGGCUGAGCCUGCGGGACGUGUUCCUGGGCGAGACCGUGCCCUUCAUCAAGACCAUCCGCCUCCUGCGGCCGGUGGUGCCCUCGGCCAGCGGGGAGUCGGACGGCCCCGAGGGGGAGACCCUGCCCGCCACCUCCCCCGAGGAGCUGGCCUUCGAGGCGGAGGUGGAGUACAACGGGGGCUUCCACCUGGCCAUCGACGUGGACCUGGUCUUCGGCAAGUCCGCCUACCUGUUCGUCAAGCUGUCCCGAGUCGUGGGGAGGCUGCGCUUCGUCCUCACGCGCGUGCCCUUCACCCACUGGUUCUUCUCCUUCGUGGAGGACCCGCUGAUCGACUUUGAGGUGCGCUCCCAGUUUGAAGGGCGGCCUAUGCCCCAGCUCACCUCCAUCAUCGUCAACCAGCUCAAGAAGAUCAUCAAGCGCAAGCACACUCUCCCGAGUUACAAGAUCAGGUUUAAGCCGUUUUUUCCAUUCCAAACUUCGCAAGGAUUUGAAGAAGAUGAAGAAGAGCAAAUCCAUAUACAACAAUGGGCACUUACUGAAGGUCGCCUUAAAGUUACAUUGUUAGAAUGUAGCAGGUUACUCAUUUUUGGAUCCUAUGACAGAGAGGCAAAUAUUCAUUGUACACUCGAGUUGAGCAGUGGUGUUUGGGAAGAAAAACAAAGGAGUUCUAUUAAGACGGUUGAAUUAAUAAAGGGGAAUUUACAGAGUGUCGGACUUACACUUCGUCUUGUCCAAUCAACUGACGGGUACGCUGGGCAUGUCAUAAUUGAGACGGUGGCCCCAAACUCGCCUGCUGCACUUGCAGAUCUUCAGCGGGGAGACCGACUGAUUGCUAUUGGAGGUGUGAAAAUCACAUCUACCCUGCAAGUGCUGAAGCUGAUCAAGCAGGCGGGGGACCGGGUGCUGGUGCACUACGAGAGGCCUGUCGGCCAGAGCAGUCAAGGCGCAGCGCUGCAAGAUAAUUUGGGGCAGUUGGAAGAAAACUUUCUGUCAAGCUCAUGCCAACCAAACUAUGAAGAGGAAACCACUGGGCUGGCAGUAGAUGCUGAAAAUAGAGAUUUGGAUUCUGAAUUUGAAGACCUGGCAAGUGACGUCAGAGCACAAAAUGAGCUCAAAGAUGAGGCUCCAUCAGUAAGUCACAGCCCCAAACGUACUCCGACAACACUUUCCGUUAAACCUCUUGGAACCAUAUCACCAGUCUUAAACCGUAAAUUAAUUGUAGGAAGUCACCCACCACCACCAAAACCUCCAUGUAAAGAGGGAAAUAAACCCUUGGCCCUAAAAGCUUCUGAGAUAACAGACCCAACACAAGUGUCAAAACCCACCCAAGGAUCCACUUUCAAACCACCCGUGCCACCACGACCACAAGUGAAAGUUCCUUUGCCUUCUGCUGACACCCCAAGUCAGACAGAAUCAGAGGUCCUCCCUGAAAAGCCAGAAAAGGUGCUGCCUCCUCCUCCUGCAGAUAAACCUGCUGAAAAGCAAGUGAAAAAUGUGGAUCACCCAGAAGAUGUAGCUCCAUCUAAGCCAUUUUUAGCAAAGCAAGAAGUGACGAGAGAUUUUACUUCAGAAAGCUCCUGCCCUCCUAAAGACAGUUCAGAUGACCUUCAGACGUGGGAAUCAUCAGAAAUUCCUUACCGUAACAAGCUAGGAAAAUGGACAAGAACCAGAGCAACCUGUUUCUUUGACAUAGAAGCCUGCCACAGAUACUUAAACAUUGCACUAUGGUGCAGAGAUCCUUUCAAAUUAGGGGGUCUUAUCUGUUUGGGGCAUGUCAGCUUAAAACUUGAAGAGGUGGCUUUGGGGUGCCUGGCUACAUCAAACAUGGAAUACUUCUCCAAGUUCAGACUGGAAGCCCCCUCACCUAAGGCAAUGGUCUCGAGAACCGCGCUGCGCAAUCUGAGUAUGCAGAAGGGCUUCAAUGACAAAUUUUGCUUUGGUGACAUUACCAUUCACUUCAAAUACCUGAAAGAAGGAGAACCAGACCACCCGAUAGUUACUAACUCAGAGAAAGAAAAAGAACUCCAUUUGGUCGAAGAGGUUUCUGCCCUACCUAAAGAGGAGCAGCUGGUUGGACAGAUGGGUUUAACAGAAAAUAAGCAUAGUUUCCAGGAUACUCAGUUCCAGAACCCAACUUGGUGUGAUUACUGUAAGAAAAAAGUGUGGACUAAAGCUGCUUCCCAGUGUAUGUUCUGUGCUUACGUUUGCCAUAAAAAAUGUCAGGAAAAGUGUCUAGCGGAGACGCCUCUUUGUGGAGCAACUGAUAGGCGGAUAGACCGGACUCUGAAAAACCUCAGGCUGGAAGGACAAGAAACCUUCUUAGGCCUGCCUCCUCGUGUUGAUGCUGAAGCUAGCAAGUCAGUCAACAAAACAACAGGUUUGACAAGACACAUUAUCAAUACGAGCUCUCGUUUGUUAAAUUUGCGCCAAGUCUCUAAAACUCGCCUCUCUGAACCAGGAACUGAUCUAGUGGAACCUUCACCAAAACACACACCCAACACAUCAGACAAUGAAGGCAGUGACACAGAGGUCUGUGGUCCGAACAGUCCUUCUAAACGAGGAAACAACACAGGAAUAAAGUUGGUGAGGAAGGAGGGUGGUCUGGACGACAGCGUUUUCAUUGCAGUUAAAGAAAUAGGCCGUGAUCUUUACAGGGGCUUGCCUACAGAAGAGAGGAUCCAGAAAUUAGAGUUCAUGCUGGAUAAACUGCAGAACGAAAUUGACCAGGAGCUGGAACACAAUAAUUCCCUUGUUAGAGAAGAAAAAGAAGCAACUGAAUCAAGGAAAAAAUCCCUUCUUUCUGCUGCUUUGUCUAAAUCAGGUGAAAGACUACAAGCUCUGACACUUCUCAUGAUCCACUACAGAGCGGGCAUUGAAGAUCUUGAAUCUUUAGAAAGUCUGUCUUUAGACCAGCACUCCAAAAAAAUAAGCAAGUACACAGAUGAUACGGAAGAAGACCUUGAUAAUGAAAUCACCCAACUAAUAGACUCCCAGCCAUUCAGCAGCAUAUCAGAGGACUUAUUUGGCCCAUCUGAGUCUGUUUAACAGACAGCUCGUUUGAACUUUUCGAGUGAUUUGGAAAAAGUUACAUCUCGAGGAACACAGAUAACCCGUGUGUAAGCCCUCUUCUGAUGCACUUUGGCCUGCUUCUCCACAGCCAUUUGCUUAUGUAAAAACAAGAAUGAAAAAAGGUUGUUUUCCAGCAAAAACAUGACCAGCUCACUAAAUUGGUUGUUUUCAGAUUGCAUUUAUAGCUGUGCUUUUUUGGGUUUAUACUGGGAAUUUAUUUUUACUAAUUUAUUUUUAACUUUUUCUAAUUAUGUAAUUAUGUAAGCUAACUUUCCAUGUUUAUGUACAUGUGAUAUCUCAUUGUGUUAUUUUCCUUCAUCUUAGUUUUUGAAGGAGUGUUAAAUAGGAUACUGUCCAGAUCCUUGAAAUAUUUUCAUUUCCAUCACGGUUACAACAAGUUUGCUGCAUGCCCAAACUGACAACAGCAAUCAUUGAGGGAACAGGUUUUUGAAUCUUUGUGUUAGGAAAUUUGUCAUCUCUAUUUGCUUGAAGUUUUUGUUAAUUUGGGGUUUUGGGGAUGGUUUUUUGUUUUUGCCAAAUGUAACGUAAAAGCAGAUGCUGCGCCUUUAGUCAGUUACACUGAUUUAGUAAAAAAAAAUAAUAAUAAUUUACACAUAUUGCUUGCUUUCUAUCCUGUGAAUUUUUUUCUAGUUUUUGUGCAGUUUUAGUGAGAAUAUAGUUAUUAAUUUGAAGAGGUUGCAUUGAAAAACAAAAUGUAAUAGGGAAUAGAGAAUGCAUUUGGUCAAGAAUUUUAUAGAGAAGAUUACUAAAAAACCAGUAACCAGUAGGAUUUUGAAAUAUAAUCUUUUGAAAUGUUGAUGCUUUCUCCUUUCAAAUGGAAGUUCUGAACAUUUGAUUUUUUUUUUUUUUUUUUUUUUUUGUCUUCAGUUCUCCCAUAGGAAAUAAAGCAUGUCAAGGAUAAAGUUUCAAGGGGCCAGUUCUUAAAAUGACCCAGUGUUGAUAACUGGGUUUGGCUGUUUUGUUUUAGGAACAUUUUCAUGCAGGAGGAUGCUGUAGAGGAAAGGAAUCAUGCAAGAUAGAUUUAUUGCUUUUCCUCCAUGCUGCAGGUUGAAGGAAGGGUGGUCAUUCUGAACCCAUUUAUAGUUCAGUCUUUUGUUUAAGAAAAAAGAAAAAUUAACAGUAUAGAUACAUAGGAAUUGGGAUCAGUUCUCUGAUAAUAAAGAUCUAUUCUGAUACUCGGUCCUUUGUGUGGACCCCAGUGAUAUGUGACUCAAGGAAACCAUGUGAGCGUGACCUCUGUUGGUGUAUCAUCAAAGUUUUGGCCUUUUAUAUGUCUGUUUUCCUCUUGUAGGUAUCUCCUGUGAUAAUGGACAUAUAGUAAAGAUUAACUUGAAUUUAAAGCUAGGUGGGACAGUUUCGCUAGCUUUUGGGAAGAGGCAGAGUUAGUGUAAGGUGUGAUAGGGUUCUGGCUCAGGGAGACUCCAGACAAAAGUUUAAAGCCAAGCUCUUCCACUGGCCAGUAGUGAACUUUAUAACCACAGGAGGUCCUACGCCUCAGUCUCCCCAGCUCCAAAGUAGGAAUAAACAGUAACUACCUCACAGGAUUGUUGUGAGGAGAACAGAGCUGCAGAAGCUCUCUGAAGAGUAAAAUGCAAUUCAAACAAAAGGUAUGACUCAAAUGGGGGACAAAAACAUUUUUGAAGGUAGAAAAGUUAUUCUACUGUUACUAAGUGAAAUAUUAGAAAGUACCUUUAUGGCCAAGUUGAAAACAGAAAUAGAUCUGUGUAUCCCCUUUUUUGUUGUUAAGCAUGCUUGCAUUUUGAAAGAACACUGCUACAGAAGUCUAUACACCAACGGCUCUGAAAGCUAAAAAAAAGUUUUGUAACGUGCUUGAAACAGUCUGCCCAAUGUAAUCACCAACUUUUACCUUAACAAAAAAUAACUUACCGUGAUGACCUGGAAGGCCAGUGUCUGUAAGUGGCUGGCGUGUGGAUGGAUGACACCACAGAAGUUAUAGUGACAUCCAAGCAUGCCGCUGAAACCGAUGCAUUUGAAAGAGUCUGCAGAAAUAACGCAAAAUUUGGGUUUCAUAAAAAUCUCCUGUUUUAAAAGUAUUUAACUCUGUAGAACCACAAUUAUGAAAAGCUCAGUAAUGCUGCUAAUGAUAUUUGUAAGAUCUACCUUUAAUGUAGUGCAAUAUUUUUAUAUCUGCCGGGACAGGCGGUAGAGGCCUCACAGCCGUGCUUUAGUGCAGGGGAGGGGGGAUCACUCCAAAUAGCCUAGGGGAUAGUGAGGUUCAGGCCUCCGUGGAAACAGUUGUAUUCUAUUACAUUCCUGAUGUAAUCUUGCUGCCGUGCUAUGUUAUCAAUAGCUAAAAAAUAAUAAAAAGAACUACCACAGAAAA